AUGCCGUCUCGAAAAUCGACGACUACGAAAUCAAGCCAUGGGCGGAAAGGAAAACAUACUCCCCAUGAAUCACUGCCCACAGGGUGGCACUUUCAAGCUCCCCGUUGGCUUCGCGCUCUGUGUCGGUACAGCAGCCUGGUGAUAUGCAGCUUGGCGCUCAGCACUGGGCUAUUCUCGUUAAGCUCACAGAUUACACAGGGAGAUCUGGCCUGGACGAGCAGGCAAUACGAUUCCUGGUGGGGGAUCGGGGGAUUGCUUGCAUGGAGAACUACUGAGUUAACAGUUGCCUGGCUAUCAGGAUAUGACGCCCGCGACGCUGCAACUUUCACGUACCUAACUCACCUGCCAACCUACGUCCUCCUUUACAGCUUCUACGGCAUCCGUCCAACCACCCUAAUGACAGUUGCCUUCAUUACCCUCCUGUCGACCGCCAUCCCAUUCUUCGUCUUCCGCGGCCCCAGCCGCAUACAUCAAAUGCACCCAUUCAUGGGUUUCCAAUGUUGCGAUGGCCACACCACCCUUUCCGCCAUCAGCGGUACCAAAACUACCAAGGAUGACAUUAAACUCCGCCACCCCACAAUCCUCGCAGACUGCCCAACAACCGCCUACACCACCCUUGUCGCCUCUGGCAUCUACACUCUCAUUCUCUACUCCAGCGUUGUUACCUGGCUCCCAACCUACCUCGUAACCUACUAUGACGGGCUCCCCGAUAUACGCAUCGCACACGCAGGGGCCAAAAGCUUCAUCUCUCUCCUCGCCACCCUGCUACCCGCCGGCUACGCCCUGCGCGACUUUCUCUUCGUCAGCUCUGUCGGCGCAGAGCGGCUUGACGAGCAGCGUAUAGAGGACUCCGCAGUCGAUUUUACACGUCCGGGGAAAGAGGCGCGCGAGCAGGGUGAUGAGGCACCCUCCGGUGAGUUGCUCGUCAUGUCGGUAUAUCGCAAGUACUGGCUGGAGUUACCGGCGAAAACGCGAUCGCUGCUUUCGCGCACGAUAGAAUUGGCAGUGAUGAUUAUGUUUAAUACCGUGGUGCAAGUUGUGGGGACGAUUAACGGGGCAGAGGUGGAAGGGGCAGUAGGAUGGGGUUCGAUUUGGACUCUUGCGACGUGUGUGACUGGGGUGAUGUUCGGGUGGGUGGAGGCUGCAGAUGGGUUAUGA